GUCGCGAGUUCACAUCGCUUGUGUUUCUUUUACAAUCAAAAGAUAAAAUCCUUAAGAAAUUCAUAGUUAUUCUGUGUUUUAAAAUGCAAAAUAAAGUGGUAACACUGAGAACGCAGACGCCCCUCUAUGGGCAGCUGGUGAUAGGACCUCCCGGAUCCGGCAAAACGACAUACUGCGCCAAAAUGAAACAGUUCCUCGAAAAGCUGGAACGCAAAGUGACGGUGGUCAAUCUGGACCCGGCGAAUGAUAACAUGGAGUACGAGACGACCAUCGACAUCAUGCAGCUCAUAACGGUGGAAGACGUGAUGGAGCAGUUCAAUCUUGGCCCGAACGGAGCACUCAUCUACUGCAUGGAGUUCCUGGAAACGAACUUUGGCUGGCUGCUGGAACAGUUGAAGGCCUCCCCGGACAAGUACUUCAUAUUCGAUUGUCCCGGCCAGGUGGAACUCUACACCCAUCACAACUCGAUGAAGAACAUUUUCGAACAGCUGGAAAAGCUUGGUUACCAUCUGUGCACGGUGCACCUGGUAGAAUCCCAUCACUGCUCAGAGCCGCAUAAGUUCAUUUCCACCCUGCUGUUGUCCCUGCACACCAUGCUGCAGAUGGGACUGCCCCACGUGAAUGUCCUCACCAAGGCGGACCUGCUGAAGGAGUACGAAUCAAAACUGGCCUUCAAUCUGGAAUACUACACGGACGUUCUGGAUUUGAGCUACCUGUUGGAGUCCGUGGACAAUUCCAUGGGGCCCAAGAAUAAGUACAAGAAGCUGAAUGCGGCCAUCGUUUCCAUGGUCGAGGACUACAGUUUGGUUUCGUUCUGUCUGCUGGAUUGCAACAGGGACGACAGUCUGCUGCGGCUGAAGAAUGCGAUUGAUAAGGCCAAUGGGUACGUGUACGGUGCCGGGGAAGAGAAGAACGUGAACACUCUGUUGGCUUGUGCAGUUGGGGCGGAAACGCAGACCGACCGGAUGGAACGGGACGUCAAUCCGUAUGUCAGUUGAUGAGGAACGUGAGGGACAAUAAAAGUUAAAUAAAUCAA